AUGCGCAGGACGCGAGCACGCUGGACCAGAGACGAGGUGAAAACCAGAGAGGACGUCAUCCCCCCGCAACCCUGUCCGGUCUCUGAAGAUCUUCGACAAGCUGACGUAGAAGUGCUCAAAGAGCUUAGAGCUUCUCUGACGUCUCCGUAUGUCUCUCCCUCCUUUCCUCCGGGCGUUGAGCACUCUUCCGCCACGUCGCGCUCCUCGUCCUCUCUCUCUCACUCCAACUUUCGCUGGCUGACAGACUGUCAGCGCAAAGCAAUCCUCCGCGCCUCUUCUCUGCGCUUCAGAAUUCGGCUUCUCCCCGCCGGCAGGGUUGCGCUUGUGGGGGGCGUAAACGGCCGACACUCUCUCGGCACCGGCGUGUCCACGAAGUCUCCCAGCGACGCGUGCGGCGAAGACGCCGAAGAGGAAGGCGGGGGAAAGACCGCGAAGGCAGGGAGAGAGAGGAACACGACUCUGGCCGUUGAAACAGCCGCUACGAGCGGAAAGGGACCCGAGACGGUCUUGCCCCCAGCCCGUCGCCAGCGUGCUGACCACGAGGCUUGUCUGUUCUUUUCAGAGAAGACUGAGAAUUCGCCGCAAGGAGGAAACGGCGGACGCACCUCGUCCAACCAGGUGCUUUGCUUAGAGCCUCUUUACUGGAGGUUCACGCCCGCCACAAGGCGCCUAGUCGUCGAAAUUGCUCUCCUUCCUCAUCUUCUUGUGCUGCGUCUCUCCUGCGGAAUUUUGUGGGGGAAUUCGCUUUCGCGAGAAGACAUUGCGCGAGCGUCUCGCGCAUGCGUUUCCACUUCGCGCGCCGUCUUCGCUUCUCCCCACUGCGAAAAACUUUCGCGCCGCCAGCCGCUGCAGCCCCUCCGCGACCAGGGAGGUGUCCGUCGGCCGCCUGCUCACUUCUCGGGUGCGGCAGAAGACGCGGUGAACAACGAGGGAGAAGGAAGCAGCGCAGAGAGGUUUGCAGCCUCCGGCCUCGACGAGCGGGAGAGAGUGGCGCUGGCUGCGGCUCUGGCAGGCGGCGUUCGAGGCCGAGGCGUCCUCUCGGUCAGGAGCCUGAUAUGCGACGAGGGAAGGGAAGGGGAGGCUGCAGAGGAACCGGAGCGGACUGACAAAGUGCGGAACGCUGACGGUGUCUCUGAGGUCUUCCUGAGGUCGACGGGAACGACAAAGGGAGCACACGGUGGCGCUGCCGAGGAGACAUCUCGGGACUCGCGCGGCUGGCUCUGUGUCGAGGCGCUUCGCGCAUGCUCCCCUUCACAACGCGCCCCGCCGCGAUGUUUGGUCGCCUCCGUCCCUUUGGGCGAUGUCCACCUCCACCUCAAGGGCCCGACGAGCGGCAGCGCUAUUGUACGCAGCCGCGGCCGGCUGCUUCCGAAGCGGGGCUUUCUUCAUCUGCGCACGGGUGCCGAGCGUCACGCUUUUCUUCAAGAGUUUUGUCUUCUUCAGCAUGCCCAGAAAUCCUUUCUUGAGGGCUGCCUAAAGACCAAGCGCCCGCCGCAUGUGGCCGCGGUCGAGGGCGCCACGAGGAUCCCGGCGGCGACGGGUACCGAGCCCCAACUGGACGGGGAAGGCGAGGGAGAGGAGCGCCAAAACGGGCUAGGGCCAACUGUAGCAGACGGAAUCCUAGAAGAGGAUAGAGAGGCGGGGGCGUCUCUGCCCAAACACGAAAGGGGGUGUGAGGCGUCAGGUGGGAAGACUGGCGAAAGCCAGGGAUCAGAGAGCUGCGAACACGGAUGGCACGGCGUUUCGGACAAGACUUGUGAGAAGGGUCAGAACCAAAACUUCAAGGAAACGGCCAGCGGUAGGGCCCUGUGCAACGACGCCGAUCAAGAAACGGGAAACAGCCUAGAAAACACAGUUGGAGAGAGAGAACUCCAGCGGAUCUUCGCUGAGCGAGCGAAGAGCGUUCGUUCUAUUCUGCGAUCUCGUGGGAAACCAGGUCGAGCAGGCCGACCUGGUCCAAGAGGAUGUACGGUUCCGGUGGUAGGGCUCGCAAUAAACGCAAAAGUUGUAGGGUGGACUUUGCCCCUCCCUUCUCUGUCUUUUGUGUCUUCGUCUUCGUGUAACCCUGCUCACGUAACAGGCAAGCGUAGCGAGAAAGAACAGGUCGCACGAGUCGAGGCGUGUGAGCCGCAGAACGCGAUCGCUGCAGCGCAGCUGCACUGGCGCGUCUGUCGAAGACUCAGCGGCCCGGAGGACAAAGUGGAGCGGGUGGUGUACGUGCCGUCCAGCAGACUUGUGAAUUUUGUCGUGAAGCGGGGUAGGGAAGAGAAGCAAGAGUCGUCGUAA